AUGACACUGGCUGGAGCCACAGUUCAUGGCGCAAUAUUUGUGUAUCCAAAACGUGGAGCUGGCUAUCCUUUUCCCAAGCCUCGUGAAGAAGAGGAUAAGGCAUUGGGUGAUAUAGUUGUGGAUGGUAUGGUUGGGGAUAAUACAAAUGAGAUGGCGGCUGAUAUAAAUAAGGAUGAUGCUAAUAAGUCGGAUACUGAUGUGAAGAUGGAGUCUGCUGGGAAGGUGACUGAUGCUGGGAGGGAGAACGAUGUUGGUUGGAUGAAUGCUGCUGAGAGGAUGAACAUUGCCACUGGGAGGGUGAUUGCUCUUGUGAGGAAGACUGUUGAUGUGUAG